AUGUCUGCCAAAAUCACGACCCCUUUUGGCCAAGCAGUCCCACCAGCACCUCGUCAUGCAGUCACUGUGCACAUGGGGCCGGAAUGGGAGAAUGCUGUGCAGUUCGGAGCUGAUUCAGCGUCGGUCAUUGCCAAGUUCAAGAAUACCUACCCUCGCACAAGACCACACCGAGAUAUUGCCCAACUUUCGGCAGCCGUACUCGAUAUUAUACAGUCUACGGACAGCGCCUGUCUCCUCUUUCCCUCCGUACAAUCCGCGAGGCAAUGUGUCGAAUAUGCCACAUCGAACAAACGCGACGAUGGAAUCGACAAGAAGCCGCUUGGACCCGAAGAGCUCGCGAUCCGUGCCUUUGUCGCCAAAGAUCCCUUCAUAGCUGUCAUUUUCCCGUCAGGAAAGUACCGUACUGUUGCUGGGUUCUGGAGCACUGUUGGCGUCGGCAUUACCUCUCGGUUUGCCGAGGCCAAUCUGUCUCAUCUGGAUAGGCUUAGAGAGAUCUCCUUGGAAGAAGCCGAAACUGGAAGGGCCAUCUUUGUCAGUACAGCUCACGAGGCUCUGCGACAAAGAAUCUUAUCCCUCCUCAAACGAGCGCCGUUACACCCCGACCUACCUCUGCCUGUUACCGCCAACGACAUUUACCUAUACCAGUCAGGCAUGGCCUCCAUCUACAAACCACACUCGUACAUGCUCGAUUAUUACAAAGGUGCAUCUGUUCUCUUUGGCAUGGCUUUCAUGGAUACACUUGUCACACUUGAGCAGUUUGGCUCUGAAAGCAAGUUCUUUGGCUCGGCUUCGGACGAGGAUGUCGUCCAACUAGAGGCGUACCUUCGAGAUAGUCGGGACAAGGGCCGGAAGGUGCAGGCCAUUUGGGUGGAGUUCCCAGCCAACCCAUUGCUCCAAUGUCCGGAUAUCGCCGAACUUCGCAGACUAGCGACAGAGUACGAUGUCGUCCUCGGGAUUGAUGACACUAUUGGAAGUUGGGCCAAUAUUGACAUGACCGCAAUGGCCGAUAUCCUUGUGACUUCUAUCACUAAGUCCUUUAAUGGGUACGCCGACGCAAUUGGAGGAACGGCUAUUCUCAACCCAGGAUCCCCAAAAUAUAAGGAGCUCAAACCGCUUUUCGACGCUCAUUAUGUGCCAGAGGUUCACACCGACGAUGCAGAGACUAUUGAGAAAAACAGUCUUGAUUAUCUUCAGCGCUCGGCAAAAUUGAAUACUAAUGCUAGUGCUGUGGUAAAUUAUCUACAUUCUAGAGCCCAAGACCCGAACAGUGCCGUCAGUCGGGUUUACUACCCUUCCGUCAACCCUCCCGCAGACAACUACAGACGCUUCAUGCGCCCUGAAACGCCCGAUUUCACUCCUGGAUACGGUUGUGUCUUCAGUGUUGAGCUUAGCGACUUGAAUACGGCAAAGGUCUUCUACGAUAACCUCAACGUACACAAGAGUGUACAUCUCGGCGCUCCCUUUACCUUGGCAUUUGCCUAUACGUUAUGUGCUUACCAGAAGAGAGUAGACUGGGCUGCUCAAUUCGGGCUGAAGCCAACGCAGAUUAGGAUAUCAGUGGGACUGGAGGAUACAGACACACUGGUUGAGGAUUUUCGAGUAGCAAUUGAGGCAGCUGAUGAAGCGAAAAAUACCGCUUCAUAG